GAUAAGAUGCAAAAUUCGAUCAAUCAUGAUUUAUUGCUCUCUCUCUCACUUACUCCAUAUCUAAAAAAAACACAAUAAUUGCAUUAGGCUCAUAUAUAUUAUAUCAUCAUCAAAGAUCAUCUUUGCUGCUGGUUUGUUGGUUGUUAAGUUUGUACCCACAAUCUCUUUCUCAUGGGCUUUGCUGCUGCCGUCUUCAACACCUGCUUUGAAUCAAUUAUAGUAAUUCAAAUCUAUGGCUCCUAAUUGCUUCCCAUCUCCAGUUUCUAUUUUUAUCACCUCUUUCCCAAUUGCCCCCUUUCACCUUCUUCUCAUCUUCCUCCACUCUCUCUUAUAACAAUCAUCAAAUCUGAUAAUUGAGUUUGAGUUUAAUUUAAUUUCAAUCUGAAUUUGAUCGAUCGGUCGAUGGCGUCGUUGUUCCUGUACCACGUGGUGGGAGAUCUGACGGUGGGGAAGCCCGAGCUGUCGGAGUUUUGGAUGACGGAGACUGUGGCUGCGGCAAUCCGGACGAUCGGGGAUACAUCGGAAGGAGGGAUACCGGUGUGGAGGAACAGAUCGACAAAGAUGGCGGCGGCCGAGAGUGCCGAAAGCAGGCAGCAGAGGUUCGUCGGGAUUCUCAACGCGCUGGACAUUGUAGCCUUCUUGGCCAGAGACGAAUGCUUGGCCGAUCAGGAUAAGGCCUUGAGCACCCCUGUUUCUCAUGUUGUUGUUCCCAAUAGCUCCGCCCUUAAGGUUGUUGAUCCUGGCACAAGAUUAAUAGAUGCUUUGGAGAUGAUGAAACAAGGGGUUAAGAGACUUGUGGUGCCAAAGAGCCUAACUUGGAGAGGAAUUAGCAAACGGUUUUCCAUUCUGUACAACGGAAAGUGGCUCAAGAACAACAGCAGCAACAGCAGCCUCCUGAACCCAUCCAGCACUAACCGUCUUCCAACAUCGUGUGUGCAAGACAGGUUCUGCUGCCUGUCGAGGGAGGACGUUUUGCGGUUCCUCAUCGGCUGCCUGGGGGCCCUGGCCCCCUUGCCCCUCUCCUCCAUCGCCUCCCUCGGGGCCAUCAAUUGCCGUGACUACUGCUGGAUGGAGGCCUCCCGCCCGGCAGCCGAGGCCGCCGCCAUGCGCCCACAGGAGCCUUGCGCGGUGGCCAUCGUUGUGGUGGACCCCACCGACAGCAAGAAGAAGAAGACGAAGAAGAAGAUCAUUGGGGAGAUAUCCUCCGCGAAGCUCUGGAAGUCCGAUUUCUUGGCCGCUGCUUGGGCACUCGCUAACCUAUCCGCUGCCCAGUUCAUCAUGGGGAUCGAGGAAGACAACAACUCCUCCUCCUCCUUCUCCUCCUCCAUGGCAGGUGAGGGUAUUAAAGAGAAUAAUCAUAAAAAUAUUAGUAAUGGUGAGAAUCCGAGUAGCAAUACUAAUAACAAUUCUAAGAUGAGGAAGAUAUUCAGUAGCAGCAAGAGUAUUGGAUUGUAUGGGAAUUUCGGGAUGUAUAGGGGGAGGAGUGCCCCUCUUACGUGUAGGGAGACAAGCUCGUUGGCAGCUGUGAUGGCACAGAUGUUGUCCCAUAGGGCCACACACGUUUGGGUCACUCAAGUCGAUGAUGAUGAUAAUAGCGAUAUCUUGGUUGGUGUGGUUGGGUAUGCUGAUAUCUUGGCUGCCGUCACCACCCAACCUGCCCCAUGAUUCAUAAAUAUAUGAUCAUUGUGUAUGGUUUUGUUUCAGAUGUUGUUACUAUAGAGGGAGGGAUUAGGAGAAUGUUGCUUCUCUUUCUAUGUCACUCAUUUUUUAGUUCUGUUACAGUUUCAAGAGGUUUGUGUAUAUUGUGCUGCCGACGAUUAUUAUAUUGAAUGUUCGAUUUGUGGAGUAAAGCCAAUGUUGUUCGAUUUUGGUUGGUUCCUGUUGAGAGUUUGAUGCAGGCACAAGCGUACGAAGGACUCGAGAGUAUAAAUUCACGAUAAUUUGUAUUUUAUUUCAAUCUUCACCACUGAUCAUAAGAGCAGCCACAAUGCUUU